UCCCGACUUCAUUCACCCUGGAGAUCACAGGACCGCUGGGAACUGGCAUCAAGCUCCUCUGAGCUGCAGGGCGGAGAGUUUCGUUCGUUGGUGACAUUUUCAUUUUCCUUCUCGUGCUCAGGACAGAACUGGUUAUUUCUGGAAAUGUUCCAUUUAAAAGAUUAUGCACAUUGUUAUAAUUCCCAUAAAGUCCCGCGAUGCUCAACCGCCGCAGGAUGCACAAACGUGUGAUUUUAACCGCAUUGCACUGAGGAUAAAGUGACGGAUAUUGUUGGAUGUGUGAAUGCAAAAGGAAGAGUUUUCUUAUUUCUAUUCGACUCCGGUUCUUUAAUGCCAAAAACGAAGACCUGCUGAACAAACUUGACCUCAAUUAGGUUUGAUUGUUUGAUCAACUCUGAUCAACUUCUGGACAAAAGGCUGUGCAACUGUGAGCUUUUCCCCUGCAGCUCGGACUUAACCAUGCUUUACGGCCACUUUUAUUUGGAAAUCAGCUCCUCCCUCACCUGCAGUGAUUUACACUGAAUGCCAGGAGCAGAACGAGCUUGCCUCUAUUUUUUUUUAAAAACAAUUCUUAACAGCAUUUCAUUCGGGAGUUUAAGCAUCAUCUUAAGUUUUAGACGCGCUUGGCCCGCUCUUUCAUUGAGGUCGUGGUGGUGGCCAGUUCUCCCGAGGGAUGUUUCUGGGCUCCCGGGAACAGGGAGCGACAGCCCGGCUCCUGCAUUGGACUUUUGCCUCGUCCUGGUGCCUAUGCAGCGGAUCUAAGAGGAGAUGAGAGCUGCGGUAUACCACCUCCUCGCCGGCUGCCUCUGCCUGUUACGUACCGCCGCUGAGGAGUCUCCUCUCCCCCGGGAGCUGUUGGAGCGGCUCUCCCACAGCGAGAUCCGUAGCAUUAGUGACCUCCAGCGGCUGCUAGAGAUUGACUCCGUAGAGAACGAGGUGAUCGAGGAGACCAAACACAGCUACCACAAGGACUUCUCUCACAGUGUCCCCGACCUGAAGAGAGCACACACACACACCAGAAGCAAGAGGAGCACUGUGGUGGAGGAGGCCUUGCCGGCGGUGUGUAAGGUGCGGACAGCGAUCUAUGAGAUCCCCAGGAGCCAGGUGGAUCCCACCUCAGCCAACUUCAUCAUCUGGCCGCCCUGCGUCGAGGUGAGGCGCUGCACCGGCUGCUGCAACACCAGCAACAUGAGAUGCCAGGCUGCUCGCAAGCACCACCGCACAGUCAAGGUGGCUAAGGUGGAGUAUGUGCGACGGCGACCCAAGCUGAGGGAGGUGCAGGUGAGGCUGGAGGAUCACUUGGAGUGCAUAUGCACCAACAAACGGCACAUCAGCCCAAACUCAGAUACAGAAAAUGGCAUCAGGUGAAGAGACAUGGAGAGAUGGAGGACAGGGAAGGGAGGACGUCCUGAGCCCCAAGGACGAGCACCUUCAGCCUCCUACAUCUCCACCACACCACCUGCCAUCAAGUGACUGUCUAAGGUUUGAGGGAGUGUAUUUAACCUUUGGGAGCCUAACUGACUCAUAUGGACCUUCAACAAACUGUUCUUUGGACAUUUUACAAAACACCGAGAUUAUUUAAGGGGCCAGAAGAUGAAAGAGGCCGAUGGUUUCCUGCUGGGAUUCCUCGAUGGAGAAAAAAAGUAAUUAGAUGCUGAAAACACAGAACACUGGCAGCAGUGAGGUGGAUUCUGGGAUAUCGAAAGACUUAUUGUCUGCAUCUUGUUCUUCUCCAGAGCAUAAACCGCUCAGCAACCGGAAUUAUAAACUGGGUGGAAUUCUUUCUAGAAACUGUGGAUGGGAUUAGGUUUGUGUACUUCAAGAUUUACUCUUCCUCAGUAAAACACACACACACACACACACACACAC